UGAGCCUCAUAAAUUCUUUGUUUGGAUCUCUGAGAGGGAGUAAUUCUUUUUGUUUUGUUCUUGAGGGCGAGAGAGAGACCUAAACUCAACCCAACCAAAAACAAUAUGGAAGAAGAAGAAGGAGAAGGAGAGUUCUCUGUAAGUACUAGUAGUAGUUAUGGCACUUCAAGGAGAAAUCAAAACGUCGGUGAAGAUGAUCAAGAAGCACUUAAAUGGGCGGCUUUAGAGAAACUGCCAACUUAUAGUAGAUUAAGAACAAGUAUUCUCAAAUCAUAUGUAGAAGAGGAAAAUGAAAAUAAUCAUACUAGUGUUUUAAAAGUACAGCAUGAAGAAGUUGAUGUUAGAACUCUUGAUAUGAACCAGAAACAAGAAUUUAUUGAGAGUGUAUUUAAGAUUGUUGAAGAAGAUAAUGACAAGUUCUUGAGGAAAUUCAGAAACCGUAUAGAUAGGGUCAAUGUUCAAUUACCAACAGUUGAGGUGAGGUAUGAGAAUGUAACAGUUGAAGCAAAAUGUUACAUCGGAAAUAGAGCAUUACCUACACUUUUAAACACUGCAAGAAAUAUUGUGGAAUCAGCUCUUGAAAUUGUAGGAAUCAAUGCAGCUAGAAGAACAAACCUCACAAUUCUCAAAAAUGUUUCCGGGAUCAUAAAACCGUCAAGGAUGACCCUUCUGUUAGGCCCUCCGUCCUCCGGAAAGACGACAUUGUUGCACACGUUGGCAGGGAAGCUAAGUCCAGAUCUGAAGAUGAAGGGUGAAGUAACAUACAAUGGGCAUAAAUUCCACGAAUUUGUACCCCAGAAGACGUCGGCAUAUAUCAGUCAGAAUGACAUUCAUUUGCCUGAAAUGACUGUAAAAGAAACUUUGGAUUUCUCUGCUAGGUGCCAAGGAGUUGGAUCAAGAUAUGAUUUAUUAGCUGAACUUUUGAGGAAGGAAAAGAAUGCUGGAAUUUUUAAAGAGGCAGAAGUUGAUUUGUUUAUGAAGGCAUGUGCAGUUGAAGGACUUGAAAGUACCCUCCAAACAGAUUAUACUCUGAAAUUAUUAGGACUCGAUAUAUGCAAGGACACAAUCGUUGGAGAUGAAAUGAUGAGGGGAAUUUCUGGUGGCCAAAAGAAACGACUUACAACAGGUGAAAUGACAGUGGGACCCACGAAGACAUUGUUUAUGGAUGAGAUAUCAACCGGUUUAGAUAGCUCUACGACAUAUCAGAUUGUCAAGUGUUUGCAACAAAUUGCUCAUCUCACUGAAGCAACCAUUUUGAUGUCAUUACUUCAACCUGCUCCUGAGACGUUUGAUCUCUUUGAUGAUAUCAUACUUCUGUCAGACAGUCAGAUUAUUUAUCAGGGCCCACGCGAUCAUGUCCUCGAGUUCUUCGAGACUUGUGGUUUUCGGUGUCCCGAAAGGAAGGGCACUGCUGAUUUCUUACAAGAGGUCACGUCGAGGAAGGAUCAAGAGAUCUAUUGGGCAGACAAGAGCAAGCCAUAUCGAUAUAUAUCGGUAACCGAGUUUGCAAACAAAUUCAACGACUUUCAUGUUGGCAAGGGUCUAAGAAAUGAGUUAUCGAAUCCAUACAACAAGAAUUAUUCACAUAAAUCAGCACUUGUUUUCACCAAGUACUCACUUCCAAAGGUUCAACUUCUCAAAGCUAAUUUCGCUAAAGAGUGGCUACUCAUCAAAAGAAACUCGUUCGUCUACAUUUUCAGAUUUUGUCAGAUUGUAUUCUUAGCAUUUGUCAGUUCAACUGUUUUCUUAAGAACGGAACAUAAAGAUAACAACGAAGAAAAUGCAGGACUUUACAUUGGUGCACUUCUGUUCACUAUCAAUACCAACAUGUUCAAUGGUUUUGCUGAUCUUGCUAUCACUAUCAUUAGGCUUCCUGUAUUUUAUAAACAAAGAGACCUUCUUUUCUAUCCACCUUGGACUUUCACACUUCCUACUGUCAUACUUCGGAUCCCAAUUUCCAUUUUCGAGUCCCUAGUAUGGAUGGUUUUGACAUAUUAUCCAAUCGGGUUUGCACCAAAUCCCGAAAGGCUUUUCAAGCAAUUCAUGGUUGUUUUCUUAUUACAACAAAUGGCAGCAGGAGCAUUUAGGGCCAUAGCAAGUGUUUGCAGGUCAAUGGUCAUUGCUAGCACUUUUGGUUCUCUUGCUAUUCUCUUCCUAUUCAUGCUCGGUGGUUUUGUCCUCCCUCACAGUUUGAUUCCAAAAUGGUGGAGUUGGGGUUACUGGACUUCACCAUUGUCAUAUGCUUUUGAUGCUCUGGCCGUCAACGAGAUGCUUGCACCAAGGUGGAUGGACAGAUUGGCAUCUGAUAAUGCAACAGCAGUGGGAGUUGCAGUACUUGAAAAGUUUGAUAUCUUUCCUCGGAGCAACUGGUUUUGGAUUGGAUCAGCAGCACUCUUGGGUUUCGCCGUUGUUUUCAAUUGUCUUUUCACCAUUGCACUUACAUACCUAAAUCCUAUUGGAAGACCCCAAGCGAUUAUACCAGAAGAAAGGGCUCACGUGGUGGAAGUUGGCAUGCAUAAAACUAGUCCAAGAGUAGCGGAAAUGGUAACAUUACGGAAUGCAAGUAGAAAUGGCGCUCCUUCAGCUCUUGGGGAAACGAACAGGAUUGCUAGCAAGAGAGGAAUGGUUCUUCCAUUUGUGCCACUUUCCAUGUCUUUUGACAAUAUAAAUUACUACGUUCAUAUGCCUGCGGAACUUAAGGCAAAAGGGGAGACUGAAACUAGACUUCAAUUACUAAGGGAAGUAACUGGAGCUUUUAGGCCUGGGAUUUUAACUGCACUGAUGGGAGUAAGUGGAGCGGGAAAAACCACACUUAUGGACGUUCUUGCUGGAAGAAAAACCGGGGGAUACACCGAAGGAGAUAUUCGAAUAUCAGGGUUCUCUAAGAACCAAGAAACUUUCGCAAGAAUUUCAGGUUACUGUGAGCAAAAUGACAUCCAUUCUCCUCAAGUUACGGUUCGCGAAUCAUUGAUUUAUUCUGCGUUCCUUAGGCUCCCAAAGCAAGUCAGCGAUGAGGACAAGAUGUGUUUUCAGAUAUUUGUGGAAGAAGUUAUGGAACUAGUAGAACUCGAUACUCUUAAGGAUGCAAUUGUGGGCAUUCCAGGGAUCACUGGUUUAUCAACAGAACAAAGAAAGAGAUUGACUAUAGCUGUAGAGUUAGUUGCUAACCCUUCAAUCAUUUUCAUGGAUGAACCAACAUCUGGUCUUGAUGCAAGGGCUGCUGCCAUUGUCAUGCGCACUGUUAGGAAUACUGUCAACACUGGACGGACAGUUGUCUGCACAAUUCAUCAACCUAGCAUUGAUAUCUUUGAAGCUUUCGACGAGCUGAUAUUGAUGAAAAGGGGAGGACACGUUAUCUACUCAGGUCCCUUAGGGAGGAAUUCUUGUAGAGUUAUCGAAUACUUUGAGGCUAUUCCAGGCGUCCCGAAAAUCAAAGAUAAGUACAACCCAGCAACAUGGAUGCUUGAAGCAAGCUCAUCUGGGAGUGAAGCUAGACUCGGAAUUGAUUUCGCAGAGUUCUACAAAAUGUCAGCUUUGUGUCAACAAAACAAUACGCUAGUUAAGGAACUCAGCACCCCAUCUUCGGGAGCAAAAGAUCUUUAUUUCCCUACACAAUAUUCCCAAUCAACUUGGGGGCAAUUUAAAUCCUGCCUUUGGAAACAGUGGUGGACUUACUGGAGAAGCCCGGAGUAUAACCUUGCUAGAUUCUUCUUCAGCUUGACUGCUGGACUCUUGCUCGGAUCAAUGUUUUGGAUGAUCGGCGCAAAAAUGAACAAUUCUAGCGACCUAAACAUAGUUAUUGGAGCAAUGUUUUUCUCUAUUUUGUCAAUUGGAAUCACAAAUUGCUCUACCGUGCAACCCGUUGUAGCUACAGAAAGAUCAGUAUUCUAUAGGGAAAGAGCUGCCGGGAUGUACUCUGCCUUACCUUAUGCCAUGGCACAAGUGGUCGUAGAAAUACCAUACGCCUUUGUCCAGGCAAUAUAUUUUUCAGUCAUUGCGUAUGCAAUGCUGGGUUUUGAAUGGACAGCAACUAAGUUUUUAUGGUUCUUCAUCAUCACGUUCCUAACUUUCCUAUACUUCACCUACUAUGGAAUGAUGUCUGUCUCCAUCACUCCAAACCCUCAAACUGCAGCUAUCCUCGCUUCAAGUUUCUACGGAUUCUUCAACCUCUUUUCUGGUUUCUUCAUCCCUCGGCCGAGAAUUCCCAAGUGGUGGGUAUGGUAUUAUUGGAUAUGCCCUGUUGCAUGGACAGUGUACGGGUUGAUAUUAUCACAAUACGGAGACUUGGAAGAUAUGAUAAAGGUACCUGGAAUGGAAGAUCAGAUGAUUAAAUCUUACAUAAAAGUACAUUACGGGUACCAAAAUGAUUUCAUGGGCGUCGUUGCAGGAGUUUUAGUUGGUUUCACGAUAUUCUUCGCAACCAUGUAUGCAAUAUGCAUCAUAUUCAUAAAUUUCCAACAUAGAUAAAGACGAUAUAUAAACACAGUUUAGAUACAUUAUCAUUUGAUCCAUUGAAGUAAAUAUAUAUAUAUAUAUAUAUAUAUAUAUAUGGAAGAACUGAAACUGUUUUCGGCAGGUCUCAUAAUGCAUGUAAGAUUCAUCA